GGAAGGUGUAUAUAAUCUUUUAUACAAAGUUAGUGAAGCAAAGAGAGUAUGCAUCCGUGAAGGCAAUCAUGAUCCAUCACAAAAGCAAAUAGCAGAACAAGCUGGAAUGACUCUUGAAAAGCUCCAAAAAUUACGCUCUGUACAAAAGAUAACUCUCUCAUUGCAAAAACCAAUCUAUCCAAACGACACCACUACAUACGAGGAGAUUACUCCUGACACCACAAUCGAUAGCCCAGACACAAGUGUAUCAAAGCAAGUUAUGAGAAACCAUAUCUCAAAUCUUCUAAGUGUUCUUAAUCCAAAAGAAAGGAAAGUAAUCAGACUCAGGUAUGGAAUUGGAGGUGAAGUUAGGAAAUCGUUAGCGGAUAUUGGAGUCAUUUUAGGGGUGUCAAAGGAACGGAUUCGACAAUUGGAAAGCCGAUCGUUGUUCAAGUUGAAGCAGUAUUCUGAAAGCCAAGGUUUGGAUGCGUAUAAAGAUUUGCUUAUUUGA